UCGGUGUUGACGUGUAAACCAGGAACUCGAUUCAGGAGAAGUGGUGUGUUGGCAUUCUGGAGAAAUUUGGAUCAAAGUACAAUAAAACUGUGACUUCUGUCGUCCCGCGUGUCCUCAGGUUCACAGACAGCAGCCAGACGACCUGUGAUGCAGACACACCUCUGCUGAGCGACAUAUUCUCCCGAGAAACACGAGAACUGCUGAAGAAGGAGAAUGGGGAGGAAGGAUGCCAGUGCGACCAACUUACCAGUUGAUCAGUACCGAAAACAGAUUGGUAAGCAGGACUACAAAAAGACAAAGACAGCCUUGAAGCUCACACGACUGAAAGCUGAAGCAAAGAAGAAUUCCUCUGGAUUCAGGGAUGCAUUCCUGGUCAUCGCAGCAAUCCUGUUCUUCGUCCUGUGUGUCUACGCCUUCUUCUACCUCAACCUGAGUACAGAGAUUAACCUGGAUGUGGAUGUGGAUUGAUAAGCGGUGGACAGUUGGCCGACAACGUCACACGAGGACGGGACACAGUCUGUCAGCAUUUUUUUAACACACUUGUGGUGGCACGGUGACAAUGAACUGCCUCUUUUGGAGAAAUGAGACAAUGAACCCAAAAACUGAAGUUUCAGGUUGUGUUUUUUGCAUCGUUUUGUAUCUAGACGUUAAAUUUCUUCUUUGCCUUUUCUGCACGGGAGCACGCAAUUCACAUGUAAUCAUUGGUUUAUCAACACUAUGGUUUUACAUCCACAAAUGUAAAUAUCUUCUCUUCUGAGUCUAGUUCUGAAAGCUUUGAUUCCCUUUCCCUAAAAAGAAUCAGUGACCUCUUGCUUGUAUAACACUCUGCUGCAAAAUCUACACAGCAAAGAAAAUGAGCCUCCUCUUCUUUUUUUUUUUUUUUUGUUUUU